AUGGCGCGCAGCUCACGGAAUGCGAGCAGGCGCUCGACAUGGUCCAUUGCCUUCUACCUUCUCCUCGUCCUCGUCGGCGGUCUGAUGCUGGCUAAGACAGCACACGCCAAGGACAAUGAUUCCGCAAAGGAUGACGGCAACGCCGUCUCCGGCCCCGUCAUUGGUAUCGAUCUGGGAACCACGUACUCUUGCGUUGGUGUCAUGAAGAACGGUCAAGUUGAAAUCAUCGCCAACGACCAGGGUAACCGUAUCACUCCUUCUUGGGUCGCCUUCACAGAUGAGGAGCGCCUCGUCGGAGACGCCGCUAAGAACCAGUUUGCCUCCAACCCCCAUCGAACCAUUUUCGAUAUCAAACGUCUCAUUGGUCAAAAGUUCAACGACAAGUCUGUCCAGAGCGACAUCAAGCACUUCCCCUUCAAGGUUCUUAACAAGAGUGGCCAGCCUCGCGUUAGUGUUGAGGUUCACGGCGAGGAGAAGACCUUCACCCCCGAGGAGGUCUCCGCUAUGGUUCUUGGUAAGAUGAAGGAGGUUGCUGAGAGCUACCUCGGUGAGCCCGUUAAGAACGCCGUUGUCACUGUCCCCGCCUACUUCAACGACGCUCAGCGUGCCGCCACCAAGGACGCUGGUACUAUCGCCGGUCUCAACGUUCUCCGUGUGGUCAACGAGCCCACCGCCGCCGCUCUCGCAUACGGUCUUGACAAGACCGACCAAGGUGAACGCCAGGUUCUCGUCUACGAUCUUGGUGGUGGUACUUUCGAUGUCUCCAUCCUCACCAUUGAGGAGGGUGUUUUCGAGGUCCAGGCUACUGCCGGUGAUACUCAUCUCGGUGGUGAAGAUUUCGAUAACCGUGUCAUCAACUACUUCGCCAAGAAGUACAACAAGGAGAACAAUGUCGACAUCACCAAGGACGCUAAGACCAUGGGUAAGCUCAAGCGUGAGGUUGAGAAGGCCAAGCGCACUCUUUCUUCCCAGAAGUCCACCAAGAUCGAAAUCGAGUCCUUCUUCAAGGGCAAGGACUUCUCUGAGACUCUCACCCGCGCCAAGUUCGAGGAGCUCAACAACGACCUUUUCAAGAAGACUCUCAAGCCUGUUGAGCAGGUUCUCAAGGACGCCAAGAUGAAGAAGAGCGACAUCGACGACAUUGUCCUCGUCGGUGGUUCUACCCGUAUCCCCAAGGUUCAGGCCAUGCUUGAGGAGUUCUUCGGAAAGAAGGCUCGCAAGGAUGUCAACCCCGAUGAGGCUGUCGCUUACGGUGCCGCCGUCCAGGGUGGUGUUCUCUCCGGUGAGGACCGCACCAGCGGUGUCAUUCUCAUGGAUGUCAACCCUCUUACCCUCGGUAUCGAGACCACUGGUGGUGUCAUGACCACUUUGAUCAAGCGUGGUACCACCAUCCCCACCAAGAAGAGCCAGAUCUUCUCCACGGCCGCCGACAACCAGCCCGUCGUCUUGAUCCAGGUAUUCGAAGGCGAGCGCAGUAUGACAAAGGACAAUAACCAACUCGGAAAGUUCGAGCUUACCAACAUUCCUCCCGCGCCCCGUGGUGUUCCCCAGAUUGAGGUCACUUUCGAGCUCGACUCCAACGGUAUCCUCAAGGUCGGCGCUGUUGACAAGGGCACUGGCAAGGGUGAGAGCAUCACCAUCACCAACGACAAGGGCCGUCUCAGCAAGGAGGAGAUUGACCGCAUGGUUGAGGAGGCCGAGAAGUAUGCCGAGGAGGACAAGGCUACCCGCGAGCGCAUCGAGGCCCGCAACAAGCUCGAGAACUACGCCUACAGCCUCAAGAACCAGGUCAACGACGAGGAGGGUCUUGGUGGCAAGAUUGAGGACGACGACAAGGAGUCUCUCCUCGAGGCCGUCAAGGAGACCCAGGACUGGCUCGAGAGCAACGCUGGUGAGGCUGCCGCUGAGGACUUCGACGAGCAGUUCCAGAAGCUUUCCGACGUAGCCUACCCCAUCACCUCCAAGCUCUACGGUUCUUCCGGUGGCGCUGGUGACGAUGAUGUCCCCAACGAACACGAUGAGUUGUAG